UUUUCUUUCUGCUGUUUCCCUAUUCCCUUCUCUACGGGCAAGCAGAUGAGGGCUGGAGAGAAAAGGAGAAAGACGUAGGCACAGCAGAGCACAGCACACCGCAGAAGGAAAGCAACUCCAUAAAGAAAGGGAGAAAGACAAGGAGAGACUUUUUGCUAGGAAGUAAAAGGGCCAGAGAACGAACAGCUUUUUGUUUCAUUCACAAGGAAGACGCUUAUUUAUUUUGAACACAUCCAUUUACCAACCCCCCGUGGACUUAAUUAUUACAUAUUUUUCCUAAAUCACAAUUUCUAUUUAUUUUUGUUUUUGGUUAUUUUUCCCCCCUCAAUUUUUCUUUUUUUUUGGCUGCGUUUAUUUCACUCUUGUGGAGUGAGUCUUUGUGCAGACCUAGUAGUACGGGGGCUCUGCCAGGAGACUGACUGACUGACUGCCUGCCUGAGUGUGAGCUGAGAUCUGUGCCUGGUGCUGGCGCUAAACAUGCCCGGGAAAGGACUCGGUGGAGGUGCGACCAUGGGGCUGGCCAGGGCAGGGCUGCUGUGCAUGCUGCUUUGUGGUGCCCUCCUGUCGGGCGCUGCCAGCGCAUGCCCUGCUCUCUGCACCUGCAGUGGCACCACCGUGGACUGCCAUGGACUGGGGCUCAAAACCGUGCCCAGGAAUAUACCCAGGAACACAGAGAGACUGGAACUGAAUGGAAAUAACUUCACACGCAUCAACAAGAAUGACUUUGCUGGACUGAAGUACCUCCGAGUCCUGCAGCUAAUGGAAAACCAGAUUGGAACCAUCGAGCGCGGGGCCUUUGAUGACAUGAAGGAGCUGGAGAGGCUACGUCUGAACAGGAACCAACUUCACCAGCUCCCAGAGCUACUGUUUCAGAAGAAUGCCGGUCUUUCCAGACUGGAUCUGAGUGAGAACUUCAUCCAGGCCAUUCCGAGGAAGGCUUUCCGUGGGGCCACAGACAUUAAGAAUCUGCAGCUGGACAAGAAUCAUAUCGCCUGCAUCGAGGAUGGCGCCUUCCGAGCUCUCCGAGGCCUGGAGGUUUUAACUCUGAACAACAACAACAUCAGCAGUAUUCCUGUCUCCAGUUUCAACCACAUGCCCAAGCUGCGGACAUUCCGCCUCCACUCCAACAACCUGAACUGCGACUGCCACCUGGCGUGGCUUGCCCAGUGGCUGCGCCAGAGGCCCACGGUGGGCCUGUUCACCCAGUGCUCCAGCCCGCCACAGCUCCGCGGCCUCAACGUGGCCGAGAUCCAGAAGCACGAGUUCUCCUGCUCAGGCCACUUGGAGAGUGCAGGCGCCCCGUCCUGCAGUCUGUCGGCCGGUUCCUGCCCCGCCAUGUGCACCUGCAGCAACAACAUCGUGGAUUGCCGGGGGAAGGGACUGACCGCCAUCCCUGCCAACCUGCCUGAUAACAUGGCCGAGAUACGUCUGGAACAGAACGGAAUCAAGUCCGUCCCUCCCGGGGCCUUCUCUCCCUACAAGAAACUCCGCCGGAUAGACCUGAGCAACAACCAGAUCUCCGAGAUCGCCCCCGACGCCUUCCAGGGCCUGCGCUCCCUCAACUCACUGGUCCUGUAUGGGAAUAAGAUCACGGAACUUCCAAAGGGAGUGUUCGAUGGCCUGUACGCCCUGCAGCUGCUGCUCCUGAAUGCCAAUAAGAUCCACUGCGUGCGGGCCAACACCUUCCAGGACCUGCAGAACCUCUCGCUGCUGUCGUUGUACGACAACAAGAUCCAGACGCUGGCCAAGGGCACCUUCGCCUCGCUGCGUGCCAUCCAGACCCUCCACCUUGCCCAGAACCCGUUCAUCUGUGACUGUAAUCUGAAGUGGCUGGCUGACUACCUGCGUGCCAACCCCAUCGAGACCAGCGGUGCCCGCUGUGCCAGUCCUCGGCGCCUGGCCAACAAGCGCAUUGGCCAGAUCAAGAGCAAGAAGUUCCGUUGCUCCGCUAAAGAGCAGUACUUCAUCCCAGGCACCGAGGACAGCCGUCUGAACAACGAGUGCAACAACGAGCCGGUGUGCCCACCCAAGUGCCGCUGCGAGUCCAACGUGGUGGACUGCUCCAACCUGCGCCUGACCAAAGUCCCCGAGCACAUCCCCGCCUCCACCACCGAGUUGCGCCUGAACAAUAAUGAGAUCACCACACUGGAGGCCACCGGUGUGUUCAAGACCCUCGCGCAGCUCAAGAAAAUAAACCUCAGUAACAACAAGAUCACGGAGAUCGAGGACGGCGCUUUUGAAGGGGCCUCGUCUGUCAUCGAGCUGCACCUGACCGCCAACCAGCUGGACUCUGUGCGCAGCGGCAUGUUCAAAGGCCUGGAGGGCCUCCGUAUGCUAAUGCUCCGGAACAAUCGCAUCAGCUGCAUCCACAACAACAGCUUCACAGGGCUCUACAAUGUGCGUCUGUUGUCGCUCUAUGACAACCAGUUGACCACCAUCACCCCUGGAGCCUUUGACACCUUGCAGACCCUCUCCACUCUGAACCUGCUGGCCAACUCCUUCAACUGUGACUGCCGUUUGGCAUGGCUGGGAGACUGGCUCCGCAGCCGCAAGAUUGUCACAGGCAACCCACGCUGCCAGCGGCCAGCGUUCCUCAAGGAGAUCCCGCUCCAGGACGUGGCACUCCCAGACUUCCGCUGCGAAGAGGGCCAAGAGGAUGUGCAGAGCUGCAUACCGCGCCCCCAGUGCCCCAGCGAGUGUACCUGCCUGGAGACGGUGGUGCGUUGCAGCAACAAGCACCUGCGCGCCCUGCCCAAGGGCAUCCCCCGCAACGUCACCGAGCUGUAUUUGGAUGGAAACCAGUUCAGUGUGGUGCCCAAGGAGCUCUCCACCUUCAAAUACCUGCAGCUGGUGGACUUGAGCAACAACAAGAUCAACUCUCUGACCAACUCCUCCUUUGCCAAUAUGAGCCAACUCACAACCCUAAUCCUUAGCUACAACGCCCUGCGUUGCAUCCCCAACUUGGCGUUCAGUGGACUGCGCUCACUCCGUCUACUGUCACUGCAUGGCAAUGACGUCUCCGAGCUUCCUGACGGCAUCUUCAGUGACGUGGCCUCACUGUCCCACCUGGCCAUCGGAGCGAACCCCCUUUACUGCGACUGCCGCCUGCGUUGGCUGUCAGACUGGGUGAAGACUGGCUACAAGGAGCCUGGCAUCGCCCGCUGUGCUGGCCCACAUGGCAUGGAGGGCAAACUGCUGCUCACCACACCCGCAAAGAAAUUUGAGUGCCAAGGUGAAGUGGAUCCCCUAGUCCUGGCCAAGUGUAACCCCUGUCUGUCAGCCCCAUGCCACAACCAGGGCAUCUGCCUGAGUGACCCUGUGGACAUCUACAAAUGUACCUGUCCCGAGGGCUUCAAGGGUAAGAACUGUGAGACGGCACUCAAUGCGUGUGUCAGCAACCCCUGUGCCAACGGAGGAGUGUGCCAGCUCAUUGGAGAGGAGGGGGACACUUUCAGUUGCUCUUGCCCAUCUGGCUUUGAGGGCCCCACCUGCCAGGUGAACAUAGACGACUGCGAGGACAACGACUGUGAGAAUGGCGCCACCUGUGUGGAUGGGGUCAACAACUAUACCUGCCUGUGUCUUCCUCUUUACACAGGCGAGAUGUGUGAGGAGAUGGAGGAUGUGUGUGCGCCAGGGCGGAGCCCGUGCCAGCACCAGGCCACGUGUCUCAUCACGUCCACUGGUCCUCAGUGUGUGUGCACUCCAGGUUAUGUCGGUGAUGACUGCAGUAUGAACUAUGAUGACUGUCAAGAUCACCGGUGUCAGAAUGAGGCUCAGUGUGUGGAUGAGCUCAAUGGCUACUCAUGCUCCUGCAGGGAAGGCUACAGUGGUCAGUUGUGUGAGGUGCCCAAGUCCCCUCGCUCUCUCUGUGACCUGGCCGACUGCCAGAACGACGCGCUGUGUGUGGAGCGCUCCGGCCGGGCCAUCUGCCAGUGUCUCCCAGGCUUCGGCGGCCCACGCUGCGAGAAGCUGGUCAGCGUCAACUUCGUCGACCGGGACUCCUACCUCCUCCUCAGUGACCUGAAGAACUGGCCUCAGGCCAACAUCACACUGCAGGUGUCGACAGCGGAGGACAAUGGCAUCCUUCUGUACAACGGAGACAAUGACCACAUUGCUGUGGAGCUGUACCAAGGUCAUGUAAAGGUCAGCUACGAUCCUGGCAACCAGCCUGGCAACGCCAUCUACAGUACUGAAACCAUCAAUGAUGGUCAGUUCCACACGGUGGAGCUGGUGACUUUCGACCAGAUGGUGAACCUGUCCAUCGACGGCGGCCUCCCCACCACCAUGGACAGCUUCGGCACAGUGCGGCCCCUGAACGGAGACGCUCUGCUUUACGUGGGGGGUAGGGGCCCUCUGCAGAUACCUCCCUCCACCGCAGGCAUGCCUGUGGACGUGCACUCGGCGGCGCUGCGCAUGUGGCAGCUCCAAAACGGCUCCAGCUUCCACGGCUGCAUCCAGAACCUGUACAUCAACAACGAGCUGCAGGACUUCACCAAGACCCAGAUGAAGCCGGGCGUGGUGCCGGGCUGCGAGCCCUGCCGGAAGAUCUACUGCCUGCACGGCAUCUGCCAGCCCAACGCCGCCUCGGGGCCCGUGUGCCACUGCCAGCCCGGCUGGAGCGGGCCACACUGCGACCAGCCGGCCACCAACCCAUGCCAAGGCAGCAAGUGUGUUCAUGGAAAGUGUAUUCCUCUGGAUGCGCAGUCCUACCGUUGCGAGUGUCAGGAGGGCUACCGUGGUGCCCUGUGCAACCAGCAGGGGGAGCUCUUCAACCCUUGUAAGAAGCUGCAGUGCAAACAUGGCCGUUGCCAGAUCUCUGACACAGGUGACGCCUUCUGCAACUGCGAGAGCGGCUACACUGGAGAUCUGUGUGACAGAGAGUCGGAGUGCCGAGGGGAUCCGGUGCGGGAUUUCUACCAGGUGCAGCGCGGCUAUGCCAUCUGCCAGACCACGCGCAUGGUGUCGUGGGUGGAGUGCAGCGGCGUAUGCGACACGGGCGCCUGCUGCGCCAGCCAGCGCAUGAAGCGCCGGAAAUACACCUUUGAGUGCAGCGACGGCACCUCCUUCAGCGAGGAGGUGGAGAAGACCAUCAAGUGCGGCUGCGUGGGGUGCAUGUAGCACGCAUGCUCACCGGAGGGGCCCCCCACACACACACUACAGAGUGAGAGCGCGUCAGGGAAAGAGAGAGAGAGAGAGAGAGAGAGAGAAAGAGAGGGAUGAAGAGAGAGAGAACGGACAGAAAAGAGAGCCAAUGCGAGCACGAGAGUAUACAGAAAUAUAUAUAUAUAUAAAACCUCUAUCUAUAUAUUAUGGACAACAAUGUUUGUAUAAUAGAACAUUUCCUCCUUUUUCCCCGACAGCGUAUGGUGUGAGGCGGAAAAAAAAGUGUCAUUGUCAUCGAAAAAAAUGAAAACAGAAAUCAUUGUACGUACAACAUUGUUUUCAAAACAAGGGGGUCCGAGAAAAUGUCAAGAGGUGUUGUAUUCAGAACAGAUGCCAUUUAAAUAGUCACACACAUGGCCUGAGAUAUCAGCCCUCAUAACGCUUGUCUGUUAGGCCACCGAGAGCCUCAUCGCCACACUGUCCCGAGUUUGCUUCCAGAAAAGCAGUUGGUAAUAUGGGAAACAGCGCCCCCUGGUGCAGUGGUAGAGUACUAGUAGAUGUGUGGACAGUGAAGGAAGGAUGGUCUUGGCUGCACCAUUGAUGAUGGCUAAGGGGUGCAGAGGUCAAGCGUAUGGAUUUUUGAAAGGGUUAAAAUAAUGGACUUUCUUGGACCUAGGGAAACUUAGAGCAGCAUCUCUACUCUACUUCCAGAAUUUUGUUCACAAGUUAACUGGCUUUAUGGCUCAUGCAUACACAUGUUUAUGUGCAGGUGUACACACACACAUACACACACACAACCACACACAGACAUAUAGAUAUGGACAAAUUCAUUAAACAAAUCAUACAGCAGACAUUCAUAGAUGUAAAGUACAAAAAUAGGCGCUGAGAAAGGCACAUACUAAAAUACACACACACACACUACAAACUCACAUACUCUCUCACACACACACACACACACACACAGAUGGCUUUGGAUAAGCUGAGGCUUUUUUGUACAGAGAGGAGAGAUGAAACAAAGACAUUGCGAUGCUUCAUCACACGGGACCUUUGCAUGUGCCCCAGCACACUACGCUCCACAUCCCAGCUCCCGCUGCCAGACGGCUGGCCCUGGCUGCCUGGCGUCCGCUGCCUCCCUCUGAACCCCUGUCACUUAGGUUGAAUAACAGCCCUUAGGGCUUUGGUUCCACAUCUUCAAACACGUUCUGCAAUGGGAGAGAGCUGGCAGGUUCUCCAAGCUGCAGGAGUUCAAUUGGAUUGUGUCAUUCAUGUGGCUUACGUUGCAACCAUUACUUGUUUUUGUUUGUUUCUGGAUUUGGUUUUUAAUUUUAUUUUAUUUUAUUUUUUUGCACUGUCAUUGUUACAGAUCUUUGUUGUUCUAAUGUAAGGCAUUGUUGUCAGAAUGUACCUGGACAGUUCAUUAAGGAAAAAAAACACACACACAAAGAUGGAAAACAAAUUCCGGACAAGCUGCUGCCUUCAUCCGUGAAGCUUCAUGUCCAGCAUGUCAAAUACCACGUGAUGCUGUCCCACCUAGCGACUGCAACGCUGUCGUUUUGGCGUUUUUCCGAGCAUUGGGUGGACAUUGUCAAGUCCAGCCUCCACACCAAACCAUCCCAGAAGACCAGAGCCCAGAUAGGGUCUUCCUCUGGUGGAAGUCAGGGCCCUGUCCAUUAGAGACUCAGUUGCUGUUUAGGGUUACCCUGCCAAGUGGCUUUUGAUUACUUUGACAUGAUUUCCACUCCCACCCCACCCGACCCGACCCGACCCAAACAAACACACGCCUACAUUAUGCACAGCAAGUGCUGCUCGUUCUGGUGUGAGGUGGUAGUUGAGCUGCACUGUUAGUGCCUAGUGCUGGCCGUAGUGUUGGGAUGUGAUGAAUAGGCCCCUCCCGUGCUCUCUCCCUGGCCCUACAGUGGGAGCAGGAGUGCACCACUCCUCCUCUAUGCCUGCAGUAUUACUUGUGCAAACUCUUGCAUGUUUGGAAGAUCUUGCAAAUGGUUGUGUAGAGCUUUUUUUUUAUUAUAAUAAUAAAUAUUAUUGUUAUUACGAACAAACACUUCAGCGGUUUCAGUUUAGUUUGAUCUAAUUUUGUUAUCUUUUUGUGUCCUUUUUUAUUUUGAUUGUAUUUUUUUGUUUCCUGACGUAACCUAACUCCUUUAGCCCUCUCUUUAUACAGAAAUGCCUAACAGAUUCUAAUAUAUAUUUGUAUUUCAUUUUGGUAUAGUAUUUUUAUAUGUUAAAGAGUAAAUCUGUUUCCUGGAAGCUUCUGUGGACAAAGGAAGAAUGACACUUGGUAGGCUCCCUUAACUGUUGAUUUGUUUGUUUAUUCGAUUUGCUCAAACAAACUAGUUUGUAAUUGGCCAAGACAAGGUAGCAAAUGGUUGGCCUUGUUAUAUAGGAGGCAGUAUUGAUUUAGAGAAAAAAAUGUUUAAUAUUGUAUAUGUUGUCUUCCAUGUGAAUAUUACAUCUAAUUCAUUUGAAAGUCUGUGCUUUUUUUAUUUAUUUUAUCUAAAGGCUUUUCCUGAUGUAGAAUAUAUAAGACAUAAUAUUUGUUGCUGAUUUUCAAUAAUAAUGCAAAAAUGACAAGUAAAAAAAAGAUAAAAAUAAAAGUCAAAAAAGGGGGAAAGGAUGUAAGGUAUUGGUGACAUCACUUGAAAGUCAGAAACUACAGUGUUGAUUUGUCCUGACUUACACAUUCCAUCCACACAAACCUGGGGAGGGGCCAGCUGGGAGAUCAGACAGCGAAACCAUGCUGGUUACAAAUGGAACAGAUUGUACCUUUGUGUUAAAUAUUUUACUCUACUAUUGUUCCAAUGUAAGUAUGAUGCUUGUUUUAACUUCACUUUAGGUGAUGAUCAGUCAUUUUCAUUACAGUGACAAACCAUCAGCAAAGAAUACUAGGUGAACACAGAAUCUGGUACACAUGACUCCAGUUAGUAAGGGUUGCCCCAUGUUAUUUUAACUCUAUCCAAUAAUGAUGUUAAUGUCACACUGUGGACAUGGAUUGUUGGGCAGCUUGGCGGUGUUUUUGCUGAUGCAAGAUCCAUUUUGUGCAAACAUGACUGCUUUGGUCUGGCUGUGCGCAAGUGUGUACCUGACGGAGAACACCCAAACAGUACUGGCGACAGCUGGGCAAAUGCUUCUAUCAUUAAAAAAAACUGCAAAAAAGGAGUCCUACACUCAUGAAGUGGUAACUCUAAACAGUGUAUUUACUUUUCACUGUACAGUACAGUAGAUAUUGAGUGGCCAGUUCUGAUUCUUUGACUUUUUUUUCCUUGUUUCCUUUCGAGGUGGGAGGGGAGGGGUUUAGGUGGUGACCAUUUCUAUACUCUGCUGCUGUGGACUAUUAAGUGACUAUUUUGUAGCCCUCAUAGAAGAAGAGCCUUGUCUUUUCAAAUGGAGGUGAGCUCCGUGGUGCCCACGCCAUUCAUAGCGCAUCGCAUGUUAAUGAUGCACUUCCAUCUUUCUGGGGGAAAUAUAAUAAAAAAAAAAAAUUAAAAAAGUUAAAGGUCUUUAACAGUCUGUCCUUCCCAGUCGUACUUUAAGGCGGCUGAUUCUGUGUUCCAGAGCCUCCCACAGCAUUCUAAGCUAUACCCAUGAACCAUGUAUUGUGAACGAUGCAGUGUCUCUGUUGUAUUGAACAAGUGAAAGAAAUCUUUACUGUUUGUUUCCUACGGAUGUGCUUCUGUUGCUUUUUUUUCGUGAGUCUCCAGGAUUUGAUGGUUAUAAUUGAUAAUUGCAGUAAUUCUGAAUGUAUGUAGUGCCACCAACAAAAUGUUUACUGAAAAUCCACCCUUUUCAUUCAUUAAAAAAAAAUGUGUGUGCUUUUA